ACUACCUCUUACAACCGACCAUCUGUACUGUUUUCAUCAAAGUGAUACGAUUUCUUUUGGACAAGAAAAAAGCUUGUACAGAUUUUUCAGUUAACAAAUCUGGUCUUCUGCAAUUUUCUCUCACUUGGUUAGAAACUGCAGCCAUUUUCUCAUCUUUAAAACUCCCUCUUAACUCCACUACACACCAUUUUCUAACUCUCAAACAUUUUCUAACACUACUAUUUGAUCUGCAAAUCUACUAUUGAGUAGUUAAAAUCAAUAAAGUUUUGAUCUUUUCUGGUUUUUUGUACUUAAAAUUGGAUUCUUGAUUUCAUUUGGUGCAAUGGGGUUUGGUAAAAACAGAGCAAGUUCAUCUUCCCAUGUUUUGCGAAUCCCAAGAGAAGAUACACCACUUUUAGCAAACACCCAACACCUUUCUUCAUCCUCCAAAACUUUUGCUAAUGUUUUCAUAGCAGUAGUUGGAGCUGGAGUUCUUGGCCUUCCUUAUAGUUUCAAGAAAACAGGAUGGGUUAUGGGUUCUCUCAUGCUUUUAUCAGUAUCCUCUCUUACUUACUAUUGUAUGAUGCUUCUGAUCUAUUCGAGACGAAAGCUUGAAUCCCAUUACAAAGUUAUCAAGAUUUCAUCUUUUGGUGAUUUGGGAUAUGCUGUUUGUGGAUCCAUAGGUAGAUGUACAGUUGAUGCUAUGAUUGUUCUUUCCCAAGCUGGUUUUUGCAUCAGUUACUUGAUUUUUAUAGCUAAUACUUUAGCACACUUGUUCAAUUAUUCAAAUCCCAAAAUCUUGGGUUUGUCACCUAAAAAGGUGUAUAUUUGGAGUUGUUUCCCAUUUCAGUUGGGGUUGAAUUCAAUUCCUACACUCACCCAUUUAGCCCCUUUGAGUAUAUUUGCUGAUGUUGUUGAUUUGGGUGCUAUGGGGGUUGUUAUGGUUGAGGAUGUGUUGAUUUUUCUCAAGAAUAGACCAGUUCUUGAAGCAUUUGGUGGGUUUAGUGUUUUCUUCUAUGGUCUUGGUGUAUCUAUCUAUGCUUUUGAAGGUGUUGGAAUGGUUUUACCUUUGGAAGCAGAGAUGAAAGACAAGGACAAAUUUGGGAAAAUUUUGGGUUUGUCCAUGGUUUUCAUUUCUUUGAUGUAUGGUUCUUUUGGAGUAUUGGGUUAUUUUGCCUUUGGUGAAGAGACCAAAGAUAUAAUCACUACUAAUCUUGGGAGGGGAUUGUUAAGCACCUUAGUGCAGAUUGGACUAUGCAUAAAUCUAUUUUUAUCUUUCCCACUUAUGAUGAACCCUGUUUAUGAAGUGAUGGAAAGAAGAUUUUGUGAAGGAAGAUACUCUUUGUGGCUGAGAUGGAUAAUGGUUUUGGCAGUCACUUUAGUGGCAUUUAAGGUGCCAAAUUUUGCUGAUUUCUUGUCACUAGUUGGGAGCAGUGUGUGCAUUGUUCUUGGCAUUGUGUUGCCUGCUAUGUUUCACUUAAUUGUAUUCAACAAAGAACUAAGCUGGCAUGGUUUGGCUUUUGAUGCUGCACUUGUUUUAAUGGGUGCAGUUCUUUCUGUCUAUGGAACUUACUCUUCCAUGUUGGAGAUUUUUGGAGUCAAAGCUUGAAGAUGGCUGGCUACUUGCUUCACAUUACUAUUUAAUUGAAUCCUUAGACAUAUAUCGCGUACUCUCUGGCUUAGGUUGAGUUCAAGUUACUCCCAAGGACAUAUUUACUUUUGUCACGUCAUUGAGUCAGCAGAGAUGAAUCGUGGGUUCAAUAGAACUCGUUGCAUAUGCAGGAAAAAAUAAUUAUAAAAUGUGUGUGUAUAAUAAGAUCAGACUGAUUCUCCUAUGAGAAUAAGUUUUCCUCAAGUUCCGACCUGCUUGUAUUGAAUUUGAUUGUUCCAUCAGGGAUUCUACUAGUUAUCCAAGAAAAUUUUAGUGAGGGUUAGUAGUAGUCUCUGUAAAUUUCUUGAACCAGUUCCAAGUUCGAACAAAAGACAAGGUUGUGAUAGGCAAUCAACA